ACCUCCGCUCCCAUUUGCCGAACAAAUUCCCCUUCCCCUUCCUCUCCCCACUCCACCCACCCACACGCCGACGAGCAAACCCUAGCGAGAGGGAGAGAUCGGCCAUGGCGCUGCGAGCCCUGUACAACGAGAUCCGGGGCAUGAAGGUCCGGGAGGUGCCGGCGUACCUGAAGCCGCGGCUCACCUGGGAGAACGUCAAGAAGAGCGCCGACCAGGCCGUCGACCGCUACAUCGAGAAGUACAUCGAGACGAGCAAGCCGGACCCGCUCUUCCACGUCUGCUUCGGCGGGAUGGCCUUCUCCUACCUCGUCGCGCUGCCCUGGGAGCGGGCCCACCUCGCCCACCUCGAGGAGAUGGAGAGGACCGGCGGGAAGCACCACUAGAUCCACCGCCCCCGUCCGUCGCCGGCCACACCGAGGACUGGUGGCUUUUCUGGGGUCCAUUCUGGAUAAUGGCUUAUAUUUUCUUCUACUGAUGAGCUUCUGGAGUCAUGUUCAUUUGGUGCUUUAUUUUGUACUCAGACAGCAAGAAACUGUCCAGCUUAUCGUUAUGUUCCUCAGCAUUGUCAUAAGCAACUUCAAACUGAGAAGUGCAUGCAUUGUGAUUAAAAACGUUUUCAGUAAUUGAGUACAAGUCUGUUUCGAAAUACAUACUCUAGUAAUUUUUUGAUGCAU